AUGGCGAACGGCGCGCGCGAUGACGGCUCGCCGGCUCGCCCGCCGCACGUGGCGAUGCUGGCGACGCCCGGGAUGGGCCACCUGAUCCCGCUGGCGGAGCUGGCCAGGCGCCUGGCGUCCCGGCACGGCGCCACGGCCACGCUCCUCACAUUCGCCUCCACGGCCUCCGCCACACAGCGCGCCUUCCUCGCCUCCCUCCCGCCGGGCAUCGCCUCGCUCCGCCUCCCGCCGGUCGACCUCUCCGACCUGCCGCGCGGCGCCGCCAUCGAGACGCGCAUGUCCGAGGAGACCGCCCGCUCCGUCCCGGCGAUCGCGGAGGCCCUCACCAAGAUGAAGGAGACCACCCGCCUCGUGGCCUUCGUCACCGACAUCUUCGGCACUGACGCGUUCGACGCUGCGCGCGCCGCCGGCGUGGGGAGGCGGUACCUGUUCAACCCGACCAACCUCCACAUGCUCGCCCUGCUGCUCCGCCUGCCGGAGCUUGACGCCACCGUGCCCGGCGAGUUCCGGGACCUCGCCGAGCCGGUCCGGCUGCCUGGCUGCGUGCCCAUCCCGGGCUCCGCCAUCCUCUCGCCGCUGCAGGACAAGGGCGACCCCUGCUACCGCUGGAUGCUCCACCACGCCGCGCGCUACCGUGAGGCCGACGCCAUCCUCGUCAACUCCUUCGACGCCGUCGAGCCGGAGGCCGCCGCGGUGCUUCGCCGGCAGCAGGAGCCCGGCCGCCCACCGGUGUACAACGUCGGCCCUCUCAUACUGACCGAGACCGACACCAAAUCCUCGCCGCGCGCGGCUUGCCUCGAGUGGCUCGACCGGCAGCCGGCCAGGUCGGUGAUCUUCGUCUCGUUCGGCUCUGGCGGCGCACUGCGGACGGAGCAGAUGCGGGAGCUCGCGCUCGGGCUGGAGCUCAGCGGGCAGCGGUUCCUGUGGGUCGUGCGGAGCCCGAGCGACCAGGGGGCGGUGAGCGACAACUACUACGACGCCGAGAGCAAGGAGGACCCCUUCGUGUUCCUGCCAGAAGGGUUCGUGGAGAGGACCAAAGACGUCGGCUUCCUGGUGUCCUCAUGGGCGCCGCAGAUUGGUGUCCUAGCCCACGAGGCCACCGGAGGGUUCCUGACGCACUGUGGGUGGAACUCGACCUUGGAGAGCCUCGUCCAUGGAGUGCCGAUGGUGGCAUGGCCUCUGUACGCCGAGCAGCACCAGAAUGCGGUGAUGCUAGCGGAGGGGAUCGGAGCGGUGAUACCGGUGCCGGAGCCGAAGAGGAAGGAGACAGUCGCCGGGGUGGUGAAGGAGCUGAUGGCAGGGGAGCAGAAGGGUGCCGCGGUGCGAGCCACGGUGGCGGAGCUGCAGAAGGCAGCAUUGGAGGGUCUGAGAGAGGGUGGUGCUGCCACGACUGAUGCACUAGCCGAGGUGGUAGAGAAGUGGGCAACUUAGGGGAACUAGUCCAUGCCCCCAUUGAACUCUCAAUUCCGUAUCACAAAUUGUACGUUUAUUUGAACUACUACGUUUGCCGGUAACUCAUUUGUGUGUUCUAAGUAAUGUACU